GUCCACAAGGUGAGUAGGUGAAAGGUGACCCCGGUUGCGCGUCGCGGGGGGCGUGCCGUGACGUCACGGAAGAAGGUUGCGAUCUGAACACCCGAAUUUACAGUAGAGUCCAGACUGAACCAGAACUCCGAAAGUUUCCCAGCAGCGCAGAGACGCUCCGCGAAUUAUCCCGACGCGUAAUUAGGGCAAUAAAUGCUCUUAACCUUGACUGACCUUACACGCCUGCUGUAAGUAAACAUACAGUGCUUAAGCCCACUCGCAUAUGUUCUGAACGGCAGAUUUGCGAUCAGGAACGCCGCUCAUUUCCACGGUGGCUGCGUCAAGAGAGCUCCGUCCUGAAGGGGGAUUGCGUGACGUUUUCUGGCGUGCAUAUAAUCGUGACAUUCGCACUGACCGAUCCGUAGACCUUGCGUGGAUCCAUCGUGCCGCAGGGGUUCUUCAGAAACCGUCUCUCACAUGAUGUACACAAUAACCAGAGGUCCCAGCAAACUUGUUACACAACGGAGAACAGGCCCUACGCAACAGAUUGAGAGCAAAGCGAACGACCUGAAACAGAAGCAAAGCCACUGGCUUGUAUCGGAUUCACCAGCGCCUAAGAUUGUGUUUCACCGGCUGAACGGAAAGCGGUUUCACAGAUCGACCUCUCCAAAAACCGAAAACACUACUGAGGGAUUCACUCCGGCACAUGAGGAAAAUGUUCGGUUUGUUUAUGAGGCUUGGCAGGAGGUGGAACAGAAGCUUGGAGAGGGAUCCCAGCCGGAGAACGGGAAAGGCCCAGUUCAGUAUGCGGAGAGAAGCCCCAAUCCCGGCAUGAAAAAUUUUGUGCCUAUUGAUCUCGAGGAGUGGUGGGCCCAGCGUUUCCUGGCUAACAUUGCCAACCUGUCAUGACAGGUGCAUGAUGGGGCAUGAGGAGAUGUGGCUGAACGGUCCAGACUGAGGCAGGGUGAGGGAAAGGCGGUGCAGCCUGACUCUCCUGAUGAGCUCAGGUGAUGACGUGAGAAAUUUGCACGCUGUAUGAAUUCAGCCCUUCCCAUGGAACUGUUUGCCCAGCCGGACCCGGACUCUCUCUCAUGCACACGGAAGAUGAUCAGAGAAUUUUUUCCCUCUGCUUUUCUUUCUUUGUUAGAAUGUGAGGUGUCUGUUUUUCUCUGCAGAUCUUUACAAAAAAGUGAUGUAUAAAACAAACAAAAAAAAUCCAGUAAAAGUUUUUCAAGACA